CGCCCGUCCCCGGGCGAACGUAAAAGGGCGCGAGGUUGUCGUCGUUUCGAUCGAUAGCGUCGACGGCGGAUUGAAAAACAAUAUCGUAAUAACCACUUACGCUACUUACUGUUACGCCAUGAAUAAAAAAUGCCCAAUUAAUUCCUUUUAGCGUUAUAAAUGCAAUCGAUAGCGCUUAAUCAUUGCAAAUUACGGACUAUCCUGUGUAACAGAUUGGAGUGGGAAGGGCUACGAUAGAUUCAUAAUGUCGCACAAUAAUUAAUAUGUAAUUCAAAUCCUGCGAGAUGAGUGAAUUUUUAAUUUUUAUUCGCGUUUAACGUAAACUGGGGUGUUGUGUGAUUUGGGAAUAUACUUCUAGCUGUAUUGUUAUUCGACAUCAACGAAAAUAAACGACAAUCCACAGCUACAUCAUCUGUCACAUUGCAAUGUCACAAUGUGCACAGAUUAAACAGCGUCACAGAUUAUCAAAGUGUCAUAGACUAAAAUGAUUAGUGCUGUAGUGAUGUGCUAAAAUUAAGUUUCUAUAAUGGCAACGCCCCCGGAAUCUCCUGUGGAGGAACACGCCUAUGAGUUGGAACCGAACCGUGCGCCAAAACCUAUACCUGUGGCGUUGGAAGAAUUGUGUAGGCAAACUAAAUUUUCUAAACAGGAAAUUCGAGUCAUGUACAGAGGAUUUAAAACGGAGUGUCCCGAAGGCGUGGUGCACGAGGAAUCAUUCAAAGACAUUUAUGCGAAGUUCUUUCCCCACGGCAAUUCAGCGCUGUACGCCCAUUACGUGUUUAAAGCAUUUGACGUGAACUGCAGCGGCGCUAUAAGUUUCAGGGAACUACUAGUUACCCUGUCUACGCUGCUACGCGGUUCGGUCUACGAGCGCCUACGCUGGGCGUUCCGCCUCUACGACGUAGAUGGGGACGGCGCUAUCACCAGACAGGAACUGGGCGAGGUGGUGGUGGCGGUGCACGAGCUGCUGGGGCGAAGAGCGCCACCUGGCUCACCAGCCGCUAGGAUAGAUGACGCUAAGGCUAAUGAACAGGUCGACCGCGUGUUCAGAAAGCUGGACUUGAACCAAGAUGGCGUCAUUACCAUUGAGGAGUUUCUAGAAUCGUGCCUGAAGGAUGACGUCAUCACUCGUUCACUCCAAAUGUUCGAUACAGGACUAUGACGUCAGAGUGAUACAGCGCGCGAAACUAGGCUGGUCCGCAAGCGGGCGCCCCGGCUCGCGCCGUGCGGGUGCCGCGCGGGCGUGCUGCGCAGCCUCGCCGCCGCGUGCCGCGCGCGCGCACCCCACUACCUCGCCGCGGUGGAACGCUUCUACGUGCGCGUGCUGCGGCCGAAGAUCAAGAGCGUUUUGAUUUUCCAGUUCUAGGCCUGGCUGUGCGUACUUCGUCGUGUCGUGAGUCGCGAGAUUUGGGGGUCGUGGGGGUUGUGGGGCUCUUGACCCCUUUACUGCUAGAUGGCAAGUUCUUUCGCGCGUGUAUGUACGGCUGACGUUUUGUGGGAGGCGUUGUGAGCAUCUUGUUAGUUAUGAUUGAAUUCACAUGCGUGGUUGUUGGGGGUCACGAGACGCUUGGGGGCUCGCUAUCGUCUUUACCCAAUAAACAUAGAAACAAAAGUGUAGCUUGAUCUGAUUUUCCAGUUUUGACGCGGAUAUUAAAUGUAUGAAUUUUGUUAUUUGUGAGGCAUAUUUAGAGGUGUAAUGAAAUCUCAUAUCCUCAAUGAAGUCAUAUUCUACUGCAAAGAUGUUUUAAGGAUGUAUGUGAAAGGGAUCCUGACUCCCGUUAUUCGAAUAUACGCAUUGGUCUCAACCUAUAUCAUUCCAGUCUAUCAUAUCCACCAUUUUACCUCAUUAAGGCAGCGAUAACCUGUUCUUGCAUAUAUUUGACGUCAGGGGUCAAAGGGUCAAGGGGCUCGUGACAGGCUCCCACUUGCAACCAUGAAUGUGAAUCAUUCAUUCAUUGUAUCUCAUUUUCUAGUUUCAAUACCGAUUGGGCUACAACUUCUUGGAAAGGGGUCAUACGGCUUAUGACUGUCAUUGUUCCUCACUUGGAGUUCACACUUUAAAUUGACAGUUGUAUUCUUUAUUUCAAAUAUAUUGGAAUAUAUAUCAUUUCAUUGUGCUAAGGUUGCUGAUUAUGACCUCCUGUAUGCAUGAAGAUACAUGUGUGUUUUCUGGGUUAAUUAGUUCAGGGGCAGGAUACCCCCCACAUAACGUUAAGCCCGACUUGAAGUCAAAAUGAGAAUCUUAAAAAAUACGGGAAUAUAUUAAACUACCAUUAUUCUGAUUAAAAAUAUGUAUUACAAUUUGAUACGUCACCCGAUUAUUUUUAAUUUUCCAUAUAACUUGCUCUUAUAAUGAUUUUUUGUGUUACUUUAAUAAACCAGAACAAUAAGCCUAACGAAUCAGCCCAGUCACUCUUAAAACGUUUACCACGACCGGCGCCACACACGCGUACAUUGAUUUUGAUUAUAAAUUAUUGUUCGUCAAGGUUUGUUACGGAUAUUAUGAAAAACCAGAAACAACUAUCAAAAAUACCAUAGUACAUCUUUUCCACAGUAGGACAACACUGACAGUUACGUGCGAGCCAAUGCACUACUGAAUAAAAUCUACUGUGGUCUGUGGUCCGUCGAUGUGCCGUCGACCCUAUUUUAAUUAUAUUUCAGGUGUUUGUAUAACUCAUACGCAAAUUUUUAAC